AUGAGGCCACUUAAAGAAUUCAAAGUUGGUACAACUAUCAAAGUUAAAGAUAGAAUGCAAAAAGAUUAUUCAUAUAAACUAAAAAAAGAACAAGGUUCAAAAGCCGAUGAUUUCAAUGAUGAUAAUUUCGAACCACAUUUAACACCGGAAGAAAUGUUAAAAGAAGGAGUAUUUGAAGGUAAAUAUUUAAAUGAUUGUGAGGAAGAAUUACCUAAAGAAUGGUUUGAAAAUAGUAAAGAUAAACGUGUAAAAAUUGGUGAUAAACCAAAUGUGGCAUUAAAUAGAUUUAAAAUUAAAAGUAGACAAAGCUUAGUUAUCUGGAGAGAAAAUUCUUGGAUUAUGGGUAAUGACCCAAGAGGUUGGUUUCAAUGGUAUUGUAGAUAUUGGUUAGGUAGAAGAUGUGACGAUGAUCAAUUUCAAAAGAAAAGAUGGAGGGCUUUUAAAAGACAUCAUGGGCAAGUUAAAAAAAAUUGUAAAAAAGGUGAUUUUAAUUGUAGACCUAAACAACGUCAAGCUUUAUUACAAUGGGCUUAUGAUCCAUUUGUAUAA